CGUACACAACACUAAGCGAUAUAGUAAGUAGUAGAGAAAAAAAAAACGAGCUCUCAGUAGAUUCGCACCGAAAACUUGUUUAGCACGCUAAGUCGUAGCCGGUAAUUAAUAUUAAUAAUGCCGACCGGCUUCUUGUUUUUCCUCCCGUGUAUAUAUAUAAAUACACGAAUGGAAAAAUCCUGGCCCGUUUCGUAAUCGAAGGUUGAGUCACCACCGUUCCAAGCUAGAAAAUGCAGACACGAGAUAAAAUGAAGAGAUGGACAGGAAGAGGGUCGUUUUUUUUUCUAAAUAGGUAGAUACGAUUUCCGGUGAUUCCAUUAUCCUGAUUAUGCCGAUUGUUUUUGAGAUUUAGGGUGGAUGAUAUAGGAGAUGUAGGCAGGAAGUGUGGAUUCCCUUUAUUAUUUUCGUUUUUGACUAAAUACGCAGAUACGAUUCGUGUACAGAUUUCCGGUUUUCGUGAAUCAUGUGUGUGCGGCGGCGGCGGCGGUGGUCCGGACGAUUCGAUUGCAACGCGCAGCGCGUGCAAACAACAAAGGACGCAACAGUCUCCUCCGCUCGUCCUGCCCGGCGCAGAUGAGCAGAGUACACGUAGUGCAACGCGAGGUGCGGUGUUCACUGUUGUUGUUAUUAUUGUUGUACACUUAUUAUUGCGACUGCCGCUGUUGUUGUUUGCUUGUUGCUCCUCAGCGAGAGGGUUUGUUCGUUCGAAUCUCGGAUGAUUGGAUCGAAGAAGCUCAGGUGGUCUACUACAACGGAAAGAAUAAGAAGUAUUAUUGGUGCUGGUGUAAUGUUGAUAGUGUUGAUGAAAUUGUUAGCAGCAAACGCGCACUGUAGCUGCGCAGCACAAGUACAUUACAGGUGCACGAGUCUCAUGUGACACGCAUUAGGGUCCCGGGUCCGGGGAAGACCUAGACCUCCUCCAGCAGUGUGGAGUGCGACGCGGCGUAGCGACGCUACAGUUUCCUGGUGUGCACAACAACAACAACAACGACAGCACGUAGAAAGCGGUGCCGGAAAACCGGAACGACACUCCCACAAUCCAAAGUUUGUCGGUCGGUCGGUCGGUAUCGGCACGAGGUGACGGCUGAGGUGGAGGAGGAGGAGAGAGAGGACGAAAACAACACAAAAGAAUGGAUAGGGCGUGAAUCGGGGUUACGUCAGCGCGACAAGCGCACUUGCCAUUGGUCGAUACGGUAUUGUAACACGUGAUGUGCGGAGACCGCGACCGGGUUUCAUCUGAACUGGUGGAAAAACGCAGCUAGAGAAGCAGCAGCAGCAGCGUCGCUGCCACCGCCGCCGCCGAUCCUCCUUCCUCUCUCUGCAACGGACGGACGGACGACGCGCGUGAACCUCGGGACCCAAAAAUAAAUUUCCUAAAAGUAUAAGUACAAAUAAAAAAAAGAAACAGACAGUCUCUGAUAUAGGUGGUGCAGAAAGAGAAUACGUACACAAGUUGGUUUGUUUGUUUGUUCGGUUUCUGUCGUUUUUUGAAAAAAAAUUGAGUUGACCGCCGCCCGGAGGACGACUCCGGUGGAGGAGAGUGUCGCGGUGGUGCUGUGCUGGUGGUGGCGCGCGCGAGGUCGGAGCUCGUAUGGAAACCUCCUAGGAGAAGACGUACCACCUCCUUCCACAGGAUUCAAUCGCAAAGACGUCGCCAGAAGACGUCAUCGUCAUCAUCAUCAUCGACCAAACACCAGAAUUCGAACGUACAGCAAAAUGAGUUUGGACACGCUGCUGGAGGCGGCCAAGUUCAUCGAAAUGGAGGAGGAGAAAAAGAGGAAGGCGACAACGCAGCCGCCGCCACCUCCACCGCCGCAGACUCGGAUCAUGCCGACACCGAUGCCGCCCACGUUGCCGCUGACGCCGCCGCCACCGCCUCUGCAUCAACAGCAGCAGCAGCAGCAACAUCAACCACCCCCGCCCGCCGCCCUUGCGAUCCAACAAAACAGCUCGGUUUCCGCGCCAGCGCAGCUCCAGCUGAUCGCCGCAGCCACCGUCGAACAGCAGCAACAUCAGCUGCAGCAGGUGACCUCAUCCACGAUGGAGGUCGGUGGAGGCGGAGGAGGAGUGCAACCCAUCCACGUGCAACCGGUCAUCAUUCACAACAGCUUCGACAUACUCAACACCGUGCUGCUCGACGAGUCGGGAAAACCGAACAGGAAACCGCCGCCGAUGGCAUUCAGGUCGGGAAUGCGCGAGGUGCACAACAAGCUGGAGAAGCACCGACGCGCCCAUCUGAAGGAGUGCUUCGACGAACUCAAGAAGCAGCUUCCGGUCACGCAGGAAGUGAAGAAGACGAGCAACCUGAACAUCCUGCAUUCGGCGAUCGACACCAUCCAGCUGCUGCAGCGGAAGGAGCGAGAGCACGAGGACGAGAUGGAGAGGUUGGCCAAGGAGAAGAUCGCCCUUCAGCAGAAACUCGCCAACUUGAAGAAGGACUAUUCCCUUCACGAUGUCGAAUUCACGUCGCAUCUGCAGGACGCGGAAUUGCCGAACACGAUACACCUGAACGAGAUAGAGAUGGUGACCGAAGCGAAGCACAUAACGAACGACGUCCACCAGAUUACGAAAAGUAUUACCUUGCCAGUGAACGCGGCGGCGGUGUCGUCCACCGCGUUGCCCCUGCUUAACGGGACACGGGAUUCGCACCCCGCCCACGUCCAGACGACCGCCCUCUCCGUCGUCCCCUUGAGCUACAAGAUGAAUCAAAGUGUGGUCGUGCAGAAGGUCUUCGUGCCCAAGAGCGUCAUGGUCUCCGCCAAUCAGCCGAUGACCCAUUUCAUUCCCAUGUCGCAACCGCUCGGAGGAAAAGUAAUGCCUCUGGUCAACGCUCAGUACGUGGUGAAACCGAUGGUCGUCGUGACCACGCCCUCGAGGCCGAGCUAACUAAAGUCCAAACCCCUCCACCACCCCCAUCAUCUUCCCAAAACAACCGCCCCCCACCUUCUUGUACAUUGCAUGUAUAUAAUAAUAAUAUAAUCCUCCACAACAAAAAAAAAA